AUGGGCCUAAUCAGAAGCAUGAGAUCGAGGUCGCAUCGCGUGGUGCAGGAGCAAGAAGAGUGUGUCGGCGACAGCAUGAGACAGAGUUGUUGGGCCAACAUGCCCCAAGAGCUUCUCCGAGAGGUUCUCCUCCGAAUCGAGGCAUCCGAGGACACGUGGCCGCCUCGGAAGAGCGUCGUCGCCUGCGCCGGCGUGUGUCGCAGCUGGAGACAAAUCACCAAAGACAUUGUCAAAACACCCGAACUUUCCUCCAAAAUCACCUUCCCCAUUUCUGUUAAACAGCCUGGCCCAAGGGAGAAUCUCCUCCGAUGCUUUAUAAAGCGCAACCGGUCCACCCAAACAUACUAUUUGUUUCUCAGUUUAACCAGUACACUAGCUGAAGAUGGGAAGUUUCUUCUGGCUGCACGCAAAUGCAGACGACCAACAUGCACAGAUUAUAUCAUCUCUCUUGAUGCAGAUGAUAUGUCAAAGGGAAGCAACUCCUAUGUUGGGAAACUAAGGUCAAAUUUUCUUGGAACAAAGUUCACAAUCUAUGACAGCCAGCCACCCCAUUCAGGGGCAAGGAUUAUGAAAAGUCACUCCACAAGGCUGGUCAAUCUAAAACAAGUUUCGCCAAAGGUUCCUACAGGCAACUAUCCAGUGGCCCAUAUCUCAUAUGAAUUGAAUGUGCUUGGCUCACGGGGGCCUAGGAGAAUGCAUUGUGUCAUGGAUUCUAUUCCUGCUUCUGCAAUUGAAGCUGGAGGGGUAGCCCCUACUCAGACCGAGUUUUCUCUUAACAACAUAGAUAUGUUUCCUUCAUUCCAUUUUUUCCGAUCAAAAUCAAAUCGUGUGGAAAACACUGUGUCUGGACCCCUGGUUGGUCAAAAGGAUGGGAUGCUUGUGUUGAGAAACAAGUCUCCUAGGUGGCAUGAGCAACUUCAGUGUUGGUGCUUAAACUUUCAUGGACGGGUGACUAUUGCCUCGGUGAAAAACUUUCAGCUGGUUGCUUCUGCAGAAAAUGGACAUGCUGGACCAGAGCAUGAUAAGAUUAUCCUCCAAUUUGGAAAAGUUGGGAAGGAUUUGUUUACAAUGGAUUACCGGUACCCUAUUUCAGCAUUUCAGGCAUUUGCCAUGUGCCUCAGCAGCUUUGAUACCAAGAUUGCUUGUGAAUGA